GUACACUAAAGCGGGCCAAAGCGGGCCACCCACUGAGCCCAGAAGAAAACUAACCCUGUCGAUCUCAUUGACUACUUUUGAACCACUUAACACGCAUUGACGCGUCCCAGUCGCGUUAGCAGCCUCAAUAGCCCUCAAAAUUUCAACAACGAAUUGCCAUCACCACACCAAGUAUUCUCUGCUAGGGGCGUAUUGACUAUUGGAUUAGGCCGUGUGAGGAGUCAUAACUCGGCUUGCCAUAUCAUCGUCAUUAUUGUUGGCAUCAAGUAUCUAGUUGGCAUUAUGGCUGACAUAGAGACACAAGAAUUGAACGAGCGCUUCGCAACUGGGGAUAAGCCGCUUGAACACAAUGUACUGGUCGAGCUGAAAUCCAUUAUGCAGCUUCACUCGCUCAGUCCCCAAGACCUCUUUUUCAAGUGGGAAUCCUACUGUAUCAAAAUGGACAUGGACGAGAUGAAGCUCUCUGUCGAGACCUUAGGCGCCUUGAAGCAAGACUUACUAGAUGCCUUGGAACGAAAUAACAGAUCCCAUCAGGUUCAGCUCAAGACAGAGAAGCGCACAGCGGCGACGCCUCGCACCGCUGCGAAAAACGGCGGCGAUGUAUUCGGAAUGUUGGAGGGGAUGGUACCGAGUACGCCAGCUGCUGGAAAAUUCAAUAGAAGUGCCGUCAAGAAGAGGAACCCUCUCGAGACGCCUUCCAUGUCCAGGGUGAAGAACAACGUGCCGAGUAGUUCACCUGGUCGCGAUGGCCCUUUGCGUCUGGAGCAUCAGCUUGAGUCUAUGAAUGCAGUCCCUGUAAUGUCCUUCAAUAGUCGGCAGAAUGCCGGAGAACUCAUAGAAGUCCUGAAUGAGCAUCUCAAGCCGGCAGAUCCCCCCAUUGCGCCAUAUGCGGAGCCACGUAUCAAAUUGACAGCUACUUCUGAUCAGAAGAAAUUGGGCUAUAAGACCCUGGCCAUGAAAACAUCAGAAGCAUCGGAAAUUCUAGACGACCGGAUAGACGAGUUCAUGGCCCUCGUGAAAGAUUACCACAAGAUAGAUGAUGAAGAGUUCGGCAGCGCCGCCAGUCAGAGCACGACGGAGAUUGUUGCUGUUGGUCGCAUAGCAUCGGACUCAUCAGAGGGUAGGCUCAACGUAGCCUCCCUCGUAUUGGAGACAUCACGCCGCACAGGCAAUGGUCGGAGGAUUCCACUAAAACUUGAGAAGCUGAAAGAUUGUUACCAGUUCUUCCCGGGGCAGAUUGUAGCAUUCAAGGGUAUCAAUUCUUCAGGACAAGAAUUCCUUGUUCGUGAAGCGCUAGAGAUCCCCUUGCUACAUAAUGCCGCAUCGCUGCCAGCAACCAUCAAUGCACACAGACAAAGACUUCGCGGCAGCCCGGAUGCUAUGGAAUCAGAUGACGACCCAACUCCGUUGAACAUUAUAUUUGGCUCAGGGCCCUACUCGGCUGAUGAUAAUCUCGACUUCGAGCCGUUGCACGCUCUCUGUAGCCAGGCAGCGGAUACCUAUGCCGACGUGUUGGUACUGACUGGUCCGUUCAUCGACGUUGAUCAUCCGCUUGUCGCUACGGGCGACUUUGACCUUCCCGAAGAAGCUAUGACUGAACCGGACACCGCAACCAUGAAUACGGUGUUCAAGUAUCUGAUCUCACCGAUGUUGAAUCGUCUCGUAGUUUCAAACCCCCACAUCACAAUCCUCCUCAUCCCUUCCGUCCGCGACAUUAUCGACAAGCACGUUUCAUGGCCUCAAGAACACUUUUCCAGGAGGGACCUUGGCCUCCCUAAGACUGUCAAAUUCAUCGGUAACCCUAUGACACUUUCUAUUAACGAGAUGGUAUUGGGCAUAUCAUCCCAGGACAUUUUAUGGGAUUUACGUCACGAGGAACUCGUGGGCGGCAAGCCAGCAACGCCUGAUUUAAUGUCGAGAAUAUCGCGUUACAUAAUCGAACAACGUCAUUACUUCCCCAUCUUUCCCCCGGUCGAUCGCUCGAAGUUGCCCAAGGUCGGGACAGCGGAGGGUAUUCCAACUGGACCGAGCCUAGACACCAGUUACUUAAAGCUCGGAGAAAUGGUCAAUGUCCGGCCUGACGUUAUUGUCGUCCCGAGCGCGUUGCCACCAUUCGCGAGAGUUGUAGAAAGUGUGCUAGUCAUCAACCCUGGCUAUCUCUCCAAGCGAAGAGGCCCUGGCACGUAUGCUCGUAUGACGCUUUACCCACCUAAAUUGAUGGAUGAGGAGAUGGCCAGCGGAACUGUGAUUGGCCAUAAGAUUUUUGAAAGAGCAAGAGUUGAAAUUACGAGGAUAUAAAGGACUUGGAGAUUUAGCGGCUUAUUCAACGUGACAACGGUAUGGAAAUCAUGAAUAGUCUUGAUAGACGUGCGGA